AUGCUGAAUGGUUCCAUCCCAAAUUCUUUUAAUGAUUUGGAAAGCUUGACUGUUGUGAAUAUAUCUUACAAUCAAUUAGAAGGCCCUAUUCCUAACAUUAAGGCAUUUCAUGAGGCUUCAUUUGAUGCCUUAAGAAGCAAUAAGGGACUAUGUGGUAAUGCCACUGGACUAAUGCCUUGUGCUGUCGCUGCUACUAGCGACGGUCAUAGAAAAAGCAGCAAAGUCAUCAUUUUCAUUUUUCCUUAUUCUUUGCCAAAAGAACCAAACCAGAAAAUCCGAGUCAAUCGAGCACAAUUUGGAGAUUUUUUCACAUUGUGGGGAUAUAAUGGAAGAAUACUCUAUGAGAACAUUAUUGAAGCCACUGAAGAUUUCAGCUCCAACAAUUGCAUUGGUUCAGGAGGCUAUGGAGCUGUUUAUAAAGCUGCGCUACCCAUUGGGGAGGUGGUUGCUGUGAAGAAACUUCACCAAUCUGAAGAUAGCAUGAUCUCCAACAACUUGAAAGCCUUUGAAAGCGAGAUUCAUGCUUUAUCAGAAAUAAGGCAUCGUAACAUUGUGAAGCUAAAGGGGAAGUUUGCGAAUGGUGUUAAGCAACAAGGACGAAGCAAUGGAGUUGGAUUGGGAGAAGAGGCUAAUGUUGUAAAGGAAUUCGGCACAGUUAGGCUUUUAAAGCUUGACUCUUCUAAUUGGACCUCACUUGUUGGUACUUUUGGGUACAUAGCUCCAGAGUUGGCUUAUACAUCGAAAGUAGAUGAGAGAUGUGAUGUUUACAGUUUUGGAGUGCUAACAAUGGAAAUAUUUAUGGGGAGGCAUCCUGUUGAUUUGAUUUCAUGUUUACCAUCGUCGUCGUCAUCAGCAUCAACAUCGACAUUGGUACCAAAUGAGAACCAACAGAUUUUACUUAAAGAUGUGAUAGACCAACGUCUUUCACCACCGGUAAGACAAGUUGCAAAGGAUGUUGUCUCUACCACAAAGCUAGCACUUGCAUGCUUGAAUGGCAAUCACCAACUUCGGCCAACCAUGCGACAAGUCACUCAAGCCCUUACUCGUCAAUCGCUUCCAUUGCCCAAUCCAUUCUCAAUCAUAAAAUUGGGAGAAUUGUGGGAUCAUGAAGUUUGCAAGGGCUAA